UGGCGCUAGUCCACAACCUGACGUCUAUUUAAUAAAAUUUAUUAUUUUAAUGUUUGAAGAUGUUACAUCAAACCGAUUAUAAUAACAGUGUCGAACAAAUUAGGUAGUGUUGUUAUAAAGGAAGCGCUGUGCUUUCUCGCUAAAAAUCUGACAAUAAACUAGCAAACCAUGUCGAGUAGCCCGUUUCCGUAUACCUGUGAGCUAUGUGGCGCGGAAGGUCUCACAGAUGAAGGCAUGAGGUCUCACACACUAGAAGCGCACGUGGCGGGUCGUCCAGACUGUCCUUUCUGUGACUGCACUGUACCUCAGCCGCAGCUGGUCGGUCAUGUACAAAGGGCUCAUUUACACUAUUUAACACCAGAACGGGAGUUGAUGGCUUUUAUAGACGAUCAAAGUCCAAGUUCAACAUAUCGUUACAGCUUUGACGAUGAUUCUAAAAUGACAACAGACAGUUGUAGCUACAAUACACCGGGAUCAAUAAAUGGCUGGCACAGUCCAGACACCACGUCAUCGUACCAUAACGGUGCCAUAUCUAAAAAUUCCUACUACAAUAGUUUUCAAGAGAAAGAUAAUUACCACAACAAGAGUGAAAAGGACGACGAUAAGUUCUCGAGGUCACCUAAAAACAUCAAUCUGACUAAUGGAAUGAAGAAUAUUCAUAUCAAUAAUGGUGUUAAACCAAAAAAGAACUGCAGUAAAGAGAAUUCCAUAGAGCGUGAGGGAAUGAGCGUUGUUAAUGGGCUUGAUAAAAAAGGUGUUCAUUCAAACUCAAACCAUAAUAGUACCGAAAAUUCACCAAGUAAAAAUAAGUUAACAAUGGCAAGUGCAGGUCAAGGUUCUCCACUUAGGUCACAACUAGCUCUAAAACUUAAAUCUAAUACACCUAAGAAAUCUGCACCGACACCUAGUCCUACAGUUCAGUGUCUCCUGUGCGAAUUUAAAUCGACAUGCCCGCGAAAGUUGGAGGAGCACAUAAACAGGGCCCAUUUCGAUCUCACAUCGCCUUCCGUGAUGGCUAACGCUAACAGCAACUCUAAUAUAACGGAAAACGUGACACUGGGGCUUAGUAAUGCUACAUUAACCCUUGAAAACCCCACCUUGGCGUUGAGCGCUAUGGCCCUAUCGCCUGGACCUCACGGCUCUAAAUUCCAAUGUCCGAUAUGUGAAAGGGACUUCGCUAAUGGUUCGGACGUGGAGGUCCAUGUUAAUGUCGAGCAUAAAGAUAUAUUGAGUCCACAGAAGUCGGAUCAAACAGACAAUGCCUCUGGUGAGGAUGUGGUGAUGAUGGAGGAGAGUCCUGUGAGCAACUGCCCCGUCUGCUGCCAGCCUUUGCCACUCUCACAGAAUGAAUUGAUCCAACACAUAGAGGAACACUUUGAGAGAGGGGAGGACAGCGGAGCGGCCACACUCACUGCAGCAGAGAGGGAGGCGCAAAGGAAUAGAGAGGAACAUGAAUUUCAACUAUUGAGGGCUCAGUAUGGAAUGGAGGAAGAUGAGGAAGGCUACACGAGCCGCGCUGCCAGCAGUCUGAAGCGCGCGGUGUACAGCGGGGCGCUCUCCGUAGCAGGCUACUAUGAGCGCAGCGUGGGCCUCAAGAAGGCCUCCGCCCAAGGCCUCGACGCUGGAUGUUCUAGGACUAAUGGUAUCCUGGAAAGGAUAGCCCAACUAAACGGCCAGAACCCUAGCAUAGCGAAGACUUACCUGUGCAGUGCGGUGGAUCACUACGCCAGCACAUAUGGGGAUCGGGGCUGGGGCUGUGGAUAUAGGAACAUGCAAAUGGUGCUAUCGUCGCUGGUGCGGCACCCGCCGUACGCGGCGCUGCUGGGCGGCGUGACGGAGCGCGAGUGCGAGUGCGUGCCCUCCAUCCCCAGCCUGCAGCUGCUGGUGGAGCGCGCCUGGCAGCUCGGCUUCGACACACAGGGUUCGGAACAAUUAGGCUGUAAGCUACACAACACGAGGAAAUGGAUCGGUGCUUGCGAGGUGGUCACUGUAUUGUCUUCACUUAGGAUAAGGUGUCAGCUAAUAGACUUCCACAAGCCGACGGCGGGCGACGGCAGCCACCCCGCGCUGUUCGACUGGGUGCUGCGCUACUUCCAGAACGAGCCCGGCGCGUUCAAGCCGCCGCUCUAUCUGCAGCAUCAAGGUCACUCGCGAACAAUAAUAGGUUACGAGAGACACAAGGACGGCAAGGCUACUCUACUAGUGUUGGACCCGUCGCACUCUCCGGCGCAGGUACGGCAAGUGGUGUGCGGCAGCGCGUCAGGCAGCGCGACAGCGUUGCGACUGUUGCGUCGCGGCGCGUCAGCCUUGCGCGCCAAGCAGUACCAGUUGUUGUGCGUCAACGGGGUCAUGGCGUCCGACAACGAGUAUCAGGCCAGUAAAGUUCUACAAUCAGUGCGCAUACCGUAGGAACCGGACUAUAUCCACGCCUCAUCUAUACAAUAUACAUUAUACAUAUUUAGUAUACAAGUACCGUCGCUUCUUACACCUUGUAUAACCCACCAAUAGGCUAGUUGACACUUUUUUUAAAAGGGUCUUAAAUUGUUCAUUAGCGUUCUACUAUAUUGAAAAAAAAAAUACUAUAUUUUUUUGAGACAUGAAUACAUUAAAAAUUAAAUCUUUAAAUAAUUAUUUGACAAUUAAAACGCUGUCGGCCAUGAUGGUCUAUGUUUUAACUGUUUCAUGACGUCACUUUAACUUUAGUGUUAACGUGACGUCAUGAAACAAACGGAGUGUUUGACAAAAUGAGUAGUUAUCAAUAACAUCGUGACGUCACAAAAUGGACGACAGCGUUUUUGACGUUUGGAAAAAUUUAUUAAAUUACAUAAUUUAUAAACAUAAUUUUUAAAUUGAGUCUUCUGUGAAAUCCUUUUAUUAAUUGAUAUCGAUAUAUUUCGGGCCCUUAUUCCAUGUAAUACACGAAAUUAAUAUUGUUUAUUAUUAAAUUUGAUAUGAGUCAACUAUCCUAUUGUAACUUUAGUUAGUUAGUUAGUAUUAGUUAUACAUUUACUUUGCUAGUGUUGUUGGAUACUUACAAGCAUAGAGACCAGUAGCGAAGACUGAAAUAUUCUCGUAGGUAACCCGUUCAUGUGGGUUUUAGUCUGAAUGUGUUUUUGACUGAGACUGACGUUAAAUUAUUUGCAACCGUAAAACUCGUGGUUUCUUAAAAGGUAACCCGGUAGGAAUCGGGUUGUUAGGAACCAUCGCCCCUGAUAGAGCCUUAAUAGCUCAACGGUAAGAGCUGACGGACUCCUCACCGAGGGGUGGCGGUUCGAUCCCCGCCCCGUAGGUCUAUUGUCGUAUCCACUCCUAACAGUCUUUUCCCGACUAAUCGGAGGGGGAUGAGAAUAUUGAUAAUUGAUCAUACAUAUAAUCUUCAAAGAUACAAAUAUGCACUACCUACUCAGGACUCUUUAUAACCUAAAUUGACGAAGGAAACCUCCAUUUUGCGGAAUGUGUAUGUAUUUUUACCUAUAUUUGUAUUAUCUGCCCAACUGCCUACCCUAGUUAAAAUUGUGUGCACGCAGCUGAUUCGUAAAUAAACGUUCGAUUAUAAAUAAACCUUAAAUGAAUUAUUUUUUUUAAGCAAAUUUAUAUUUUUCAUUUACUUAAUAGAGAGAAUUAAUGGAUUUUUAAUUUAUUUAUUUUAUUUAACAUACAUUUUGUUAAUACUAUUUUAAGGAUAUUUUUGUACAGUGUAAAAAGAUUUUCAAUUUCAAAAAAAAUAGAUUUCUGUUACAACUCAAGUUAAAAUUAUUCAUACGGUAUUUGCUUUUUAUUGUUUGAUGUGAUGCAGAUUUAUGCUAGCAAUCGGUUCAGGUUUCUCCUGAAAACCAGACAGAAUGUCACAAACUCUAAAAUUGUAUAUUAUAACUUUUAUAUAGUUUUUACAAAAAAAAAAUAAUUGAAAGCGACUUAUUAGGCCACAAUAAAGAAUCAAUCAAAAAAGUAAAAUCAAAAAGUUUCUGAACUGUUGAUAGAGUCACUGGACACUCAGACUCGAUUCUUAAAAAAGUGCAUUUAUAAAUGUACUGGAAAUAAAUGAAUUUGAUAUGUCAAAUACAUAUAAUAUUCAGUAAUCAACAACACUAGUUAAAAGUAUUUUAAAGAAAUUACACAAUUAUUACUUAGUCUUUAUUUUUACCAAAACAUGUAUUAUUUAAAGUUUAUUCUACCUCAAUAAUAUGAUUUGUCAAUUAAAUGUACUCAAUAAUAUAUGUUGUAUUUGUCAAUUUCGUUUAUCUAUUAUUAUUAAUAAUUAGUUAAGUUUAAAUUAAAUUCUAUUUACAACGUCCCACACACUAACCUAUUUAUUAAUCACAACGAUCUUUAUUUACAAUUAUUAUUAUCAAUUAAAUUAAUGAAAUGAAAAUAAAAUUGCUCGAGAAAAAAUUAAUUUUAAGUAGAUAUUUAGAAAUUGCUGACGCAUUAUUGCAAGUCUUUAUAAAUAUUAUGUUUUAAGAUAAAGGUAGUAAUUAGUUGACUAUAGUAAUUGAUAUUUUUAAUAAAAAGUUAAUAAAUAGUCCAAUGAGAGAGAUGAACAAUACAAUCAUUCGGUUUUUAGACUAUUGUCAUGAUUGUAUAGUCUAUCGCUGGACUAUGAUGAACUAAUUCUGGUAAAUGUAAUAUUUUAUGAGAAAAGUUAAAUAAUAGAAUGCAAAAAUAAUUAAUAACACUAACUAAACCCAGACAGUUAUUUCAUAUAUAAUAAUAAUAAUAAUCGUAUGUAUAUGUUUUGCAAUAAUGCGUUGUGCAGAAAAACGAGUUACGUAUUACAAUAAUAUUAUUAUAGAUAUUUAAUAACUAAUUAUAGUAAUUUCAUUGAUAUACUAAAAACCAAGAUACACCAUCACGGCAUGUUUUGUAAAAGUACGCACGAUUUAUGUUACUCAUGGAUCUUGAAAAUUUUGAUAAAUAAAUAAAUGAAAAAAUUAAUUCAAAACAUAUAAAAAAGAAUAGUUAGUUUAUAGAACCAUUUAAAAGCGUUAAAAGUCAACCUAUUAUAAUAACAAUAUUCUAUCGAUAAUUUUCUUUACAAUACAUAACAGUAAUUUAUAACAUUAGAAAGUAUUUAUUUGCUGAAAUAUUUUUUCAAAAAAACAAAAAAAAAUGUGGUGACAUUUUUGUUAUGUUACACAUUACACUAUAUAUGAUGACUUCUCUGACAGCUGUAAACGUGUUGAUUUUUAAAUAUGAGGUCCUUCAUUAAAUUCUCGUUAAUUGAAUAAUUUAAAACCACUAAAUUGGCUCUGGUUUAGCUUUAGUUAGCCAGUAAAGACUUAUUUAUUCAUAUUAUUUUUUUAUAAAAACAAUAAAUGUCGGAAAAUGCCCAACUAGUUUAGGCUCAAAACUAGCCUGGCAUACUUCGACAUUUUAUUAGGCGUGUUUUUUAAUAUUAAAUUAAUAAUCAUUCGUUUGUCGAAAUUACGCAUCGCUAAAAAAGUUUUGCUUCUAUCCAAUGAUUGUGUAUCUUUGUUUUUAGCAUAUCAAUGAGUACAUACAUAAAAUGCAUCAGCAUUGAGCCUUCGAGUAUGUAUGACGUAGUGUAAGUCACCUACCGCUUAAGUCACCACACCGUCGAGCAACAUCUGAUACAAGGCAUGUGACGUCACACGUCAAUUACUGUGAAGCUUUUAGUUGGACGUGAAUGCAAAGUUAGUUGCCAUCUUGAAUGCAAGUUGGAAUUCGGUGCCAACUUGGUCGCCACAUUGGAUGCAAGUUGGACGUGGAUGCCAACUAUGUAGCUACAUUGGAUGCAAGUUGGACGUGGAUGCCAACUUUGUAGCUACAUUGGAUGCAAGUUGGACGUGGAUGCCAACUUUAUAGCUUCAUUGGAUGCAAAUUGGACGUGUUCGUGUAGCUGGUCAGAUGUUUUGCAGACGGUACUUUUAUUUUGCACUACCGCUAUAGUUCCUAAAGGAAUUGCGUAGACGUAGAGACGUACGGUUGGACGAACAGUGUUGUAAGUGAAACGCGCCACAAUAAGGAAAAAACUUAAAUAAUCCACAAAAAAAAAUUUAAUUACUUUUCUUUUUUAUUUAUUUUAUAAGUUGACAGUAAAAAUUCUUAUUAUGAGUCUAAUAAAUAGUGUUUGGCCCCAGAAACAAAAUUCAUGUCAUAAAAAAAAACAAAAAAUAAAAAAAAAAUUGGUGUGUAGGUCUGAAGACUAUUAUAGUCUUCAGGCCUAGUUGUUGACAAUAUUCAAAUUUCAAAUAAUUCUGCAUAAAUCAAUUUGCAAUCUUUUGUCUUUACUAUGACAUGUUUUUUUUGUUUAUUCUUAGGCUCAUUUCUUUAAUCAAAGUUUUUUUUUUAACUUUUUUAAACUUUUUACUGAAAAAAAACUUAACUUUUUUUGUGGCUCGUUUUACAAAUUUAUGAAUAUGGUUGGAAUGGAACAAAAUAAUAUGGUGCCUGGAUAAUAAAUUUCUUUGUUUUUGUAUAAAACGUUUGUCGUAGCUUGAAUUUAAAGUUGUAUAAAAUUAAUUGUAAUAAUUAAUAAUUAUCAUGUACUUUGAAAAUGAAAGUUGCUUGGUUGUCUUGAAGAAGAAAUCUAUUAAAAAUAAUUUUUAAAUUUAUUCUAUUGGAUUUCAUAAUAAUAUGAUUAUUUGUAAAGAUAAAUCUUUAACAAAUGAUUUUGAUGUUGAUUAUUUUAAGUUUAAUUUUUUUUUAAUUAUGGUUGGUAAGUAUGAAAUAACGUGUCUUUAAAAUUGAUUUUAUGCUAUUCAUUUUAAUAAAUUCCGUUUUUAAUUUUAAUAAAAAAUCAACUUUGUUACUUGAAGCGUAAGGUUAAUUUUAAUGCUGCAUGUUUGAAUACUCAACGUCGAUAAUACUUAAUAAUUAAAAAAUAAUUAUUUAUUUUAAUUUAUUUAUUCCUUAAGUUACGAAUUUGUGAAUAAGUAAAUAAUUAGUUAAUUAAUAAUUAUUAAUGUCAAUUAAUCGACAAUUUUCUCAUAUUUAUUAAAUAUUUGAAUUUCUUAAACCUGUAGAUGUAUAUUAUUUUUGUUUGUAAAUUGUUGUGUAAUUGUAGUGAAUCGACCAAUCGUUAUUUCUCUACUUACUGUUUGAAUAAUUUCUAGUCUUAACGAUUGGUAUUUUGAAUCUGUGAUCGGAAAUGUCGUGUCAUGUCGAAUGCUGUUGUGAAGGUCGUAUAAGGUAAUAGCUCAUUACAACCGAAUAGUACUCGACUCGUUUUUUUCGCCAGUAAGCCUAAGAUGCGCCAACGACAUCUCUAGUGAAGAAAAAAAGACACUUAACUGUCGACCAAUAGCAUUGAAAUGUAAAAUAUCACUCUAUUUCAUUAUGACGGGACAAAAAAGAAAAAAAAUUCGACGGCGCCACUAUUACGUCGACAAUAUGUCUUUUUGUCUUCAUUAGAUAUCACGUGGCACGCAUCUUAGUAAACUAUACAUAUAUGCUCAGUAUCACUACAUCGACUUCGUAGCGUCAUAGGUCUGCAAGAUGGUUGAGUCUGAGCUAAGCCUUGUUUGCGCAAAUAUGUAAGAGCUGGACUCAAUGUCCAGAAUUGUUUUAAAAUCCUCACUCGUCAGUGAUUUUUUUCCUGCCACAUAAUAUUCCUACCCAUCAGUGAUAUUUUCCUGCCACAUAAUAUCCUUUACUCGUCAGUGAUAUUUUCCUGCCACAUAAUAUUCCUACCUAUCAGUGAUAUUUUCCUGUCACAUACCUAAUUUUCCUACCCAUCAGUGAUAUUCUCCUGUCACAUAAAAUUCCUACCCAUCAGUGAUAUUUUCCUGCCACAUAAUAUCCUUUACCCGUCAGUGAUGUUUUCCUGUCACAAUAUUCCUACCCAUCGGUGAUAUUUUCCUGCCACAUAAUACUCCUACCCAUCAGUGAUAUUUUCCUGCCACAUAAUAUCCUUUACCAGUCAGUGAUAUUUUCCUGUCACAUAAUAUUCCUAACUAUCAGUGAUAUUUUCCUGCCACAUAGUAUUCCUACCUAUCAGUGAUAUUUUCCUGCCACAUAAUAUCCUUUGCCCGUCAGUGAUGUUUUCCUGUCACAUAAUAUUCCUACCUAUCAGUGGUAUUUUCCUGCCACAUAGUAUUCCAACCUAUCAGUGAUAUUUUCCUGUCACAUAAUAACCUUUACUCGUCAGUGAUAUUUUCCUGUCACAUAGUAUUCCUACCCAUCAGUGACAUUUUCCUGUCACGUAAUAUUCAGCUGUUUUCGUAAUGUGUGGCACCUGAUUUUUAAAGGAAAGUAUUAAUAAAACAAUAGGAAAUAGCACGCGGUAGUUCUUGAAUAACCAUGCCAUAAAGACCUAUAGAAGCAUUUUGAUUUAAUUUGCUCGGAAAGAAUCAUACUAGCAAUUUCUCUUUUGUGAGUCGUAAUCCUCAUUUGUGAGGGUCGUGACCUACACAUUAUGGCAAUUCAUAAAAGGCUUGUAAUUAAUGCAUUACAAACCAUUAUUAUAAUAGUAUAAGAGUGGAAUUAUUAGAUGUUGUAGGGAAACCCCCAGGGGAUCAUUUAGCCGCUGAGUGUCGAAUUUUAACACUAUUUGUUUGAGAAUUUCACACUCAGCGGGUGAAUGAUCCCCUGGGGGUGCACCUAGAACGUCUACGAAUACCAUUGUUAAUAUUUUUUAUCAUAAUUUUUGAUGAAGCAGAUUUCAAAAGCAUGCCCAGUUUAACAAUUUGCUUGUCGUAUGUCACAUAUGUUUCAAUGUUUAACUAUUAUCUACUACUUGGACAGGGAAAUAAUUAAGAAAAUAGUUGACUAUUUUAUUUAUUUAAUAUAACUUAAAUGACAUUCCACAUACCUAAUGUAUUAUAUAACUUAAAUAGGAUUAACGAUGCACUCAUUCAUGUGAUAUUUAUGCAAAUACAGAAGGAUUUUUGCUUAUAUUUUGUAAUUAAAUGCGAUUUUGAUGGAAAAUUCCGCACUCACUGAUUGGAAAUCCGUGUAAAUUAAUGAACAAUUUUACAUUUAUUUAUUAUUUGGUAUUUUUAAUGUAAAAAAAAAAUAAAAAAAUAUAUUUUAUUUUAUUUUUAUUUUUAAUGUAAAUUUUUCCACAGCUAAUUUAAAAUCCGCUUACAUUAGGUAUCGUUAUGGUGCUUAAAGAUUCAUAUACAUACAUAUAUAACAUCUAAAAUAAAAUAUCAAAUGUAAUAGUAAAAGUCGCAGUAAAAGUCGUCGAAGUAAAGAAAUGUUUUACAAUUCAUGAAAAAUAAUAUUUUUUAAUAUUUCAAAAAAUACCAAAAUACCUAAACUUGUUGCCUAGAACCUAAAAAUUUUACGUUCUCGUAAAAAAGCCUAAAAAUUAAAUGAAAAAAUUAAAUUGAUUAAAUUCAUUGACGUUAUACAAUUUUACAUAACACGGAUUCUAUGUAUGAGUGUUGAAUUUUUGUCGAAAACGUAUUUUAUGUAAUUUAUAUACAUAUAUAAGUACAUAAGGCUUUGUCAUUAAUAUAUUAUAGAAAUCCUGUGAUAGGUCAAUCGUAACUAAGUAUCCGGGUCAUGUACAUUGUUUAUUACUUGAAAAAUACUGAAAAUAACUGACACAAAAAAUAUAUACUCAGUGGCACAAUUAUCCGCCCACUUUUAUAUACUCGCGUCAUAUUAAAGUGGGCGGAUAAUUGUACCUCUGAGUAUAUUUAACCCCUAUAACAAUUUAUCUAAUUAAUUGACCAAUGAUUAUAAUUAUAUCUAUUAAUCAAUGAUCAUUUCAAGCUCAGAGCUGUCUUUCGUCCCAAAGCAAUGAAAGAGAGCAUGAAAUCAGUUUUUUUUUAUUCUUUACAAGUUAGUUUUUGACUACAAUGUCACAACUGAUGGUAAGUGAUGAUGCAAUUUAAGAUAGAAGCGGGCUAACUUGUUAGGAGAAAAUCCACACCCCUUUCGGUUUCGACACGACAUCGUACCGGAACGUUCAAACACUUGGCGGUACGUUUUCGCUGGUAGGGUGGUACUAGCCACUGUCGCCGAUCUCUCUUUCUUUGCGAUGGGAAGAAAGAGAAAGCGAUAUGUAAAUAAAAUGAUCUCGUUAUUUCAACUUAGGCCUGCUGGUUAAUUUCUUUUUAAUUAGUCAAACACUUGAAAUAUUACAUUGUAUAAUAAUAAGUAUGUAUUUUAAAUUACAAAACUUCAGCAGAUUGUCGAAACUCACUGUUAAGAGUUACAUAAGACAAAAACUAACUCUUAAUUGUAAUUUAUAUUCUCUGUCUGUCAUUUUUACAAUUCAAAAUUGGUCAUUUUUACAAUUCAAAAUCAGUCUGUCAUUUUCAAAAAAAAGUGAUAUGUUGUCAUUGUUAUCCUCCUCUCUGUAAUGAUUAAUUGCAUGUUUAUUUUAAUGGAAUUGUAAUUGGAAAUUAUUUUGAGAGUGCGAAUUAAUGAGCGUUCAGAUUUGCGUUUGACAAUGAAGUUGGUGUAACAAAUUAAGUGUUUUAAUAUAUGAAAAAAAAAAUAUGUAAAAUUUAACUUUAUCCUUGUUAAAAUGAUCCUUAUUAAAAGUUAAAAAUUAUUAUUAUUAAAUCAAUAUACUUAGGUAUAAUGUUUGAAUCGACGACUCUGGCAUUGGCAUGUGACACAAUAUGUAUCUAUGCUUCAACUGUAACAACUGUCAUUGAUGUCAAUUGUAACAACUGUCAUUGACGUCAAUCGUAACAGCUGUCAUUGGCGUCAAUUGUAACAACUAUCAUUGACGUCAAUUGUAACAGCUGUCAUUGACGUCAAUUAUAACAAUUGUCAUUGACGUCAAUUGUAACAACUGUCAUUGACGUCAAUUGUAACAACUGUCAUUGACGUCAAUUAUAACAAUUGUCAUUGACGUCAAUUGUAACAACUGUCAUUGACGUCAAUUGUAAUAACUGUUAUUGACGUCACAACGUGACACUUCAAUGUCGGGGAGGUCUGGGGGUGCGUUGGUCGUUUUUAGUAUUUUGAAAGCAAUCGGUUAGACGGUGCAGAACUUGCCUUGCGGGUAGUACGGGAGCUUCGUAGGGGCAGCUAGGCUGUGCUACAAUGUUUCUUCAAUAAACUAUCAUAAGUUACCGAG